UAACCGGAUUAAACCAGGCAAUAUAAUUAUUAGAUUUAACGGUACGUGUGCACCUCUUAGAUGGAUAUAACUGAAACACGUAUCACAUUCUUAACAUAGGGGUCUUUUCUCAAAAUGGCCGAUGGAGCUGCAGGAAACGGAAGUGACGACUGUCCGGAUGACAAUACAGAACGCAUUGCAAAAGCGGUGUGCGAAAUGCUGCAACCAAAGCUUGAUUAUCUAAGCAAUAGAUUGGACGUUCUGUCCUAUGAUAGGGACAAUUUAAUGAAGCAAAUACAAGAUAAAGAAGGAGAGAUUGAAAGAAAAAAAAGAGAGCUCCUACAAGUUAAGGCAGAAAGGGAAAAAAUAGAGUCUUCCAAAGAGAUGGCAUUGAGAAAAAAGGAAAGGAGGAUAGAAGAAUUGGAAAAUGAAUUGAAGGCAUUGAGAGGAGAAUUGAGUGAAAUUCAAACCAAAUUACAGCUCAAGGAAAAUCAACUGGUAGCUGAAAGAAGAAAAAGAGAAAAGGAGGAUGAUCUUGCAACUAAGAUAAACAAAGCAAAACAAGAAAUGCAAGAAAAAUUGCGCCAAACUGAAGAAUUUAAGAUAAAAUUGGAGGAGUUAAAGAAUAAAAAAUGAUUGUAUAAAAGUACAAAAUGUACAUGAAAUUCAAAAUAAUUAUUUACGAAAAUCAUUUUUACUUAAAUGUUCAUUGUAAAAAAAAAGUGGUUUUGAUUCAUAUUUUGAUUUCAAUUUUAUUACGAUCUAAUGAUUGCAUAAUGAAAAACUGCUAAGAAAUUGAAUCAAAUAACUAUUGUAUCUGAAAAAUGUUAUAUUAUUAAACGCGGUACUACCUGUCUCAUUCAAGAUAGCAUAAAAUACCUCGAAAAAGAAUUGGAAUCUGCAACCAAUGCAAAAGUAGACGCACACAAGCAACUGAACAGAGCAAAGGUGGCAUAUCAACAAAGGAAAAGUAAAAUAAAUAUUGAAGAAUACAAGAGAAAGAACCUGAAAUGACUGUAUGUUAUUUCGCAAGGAUAAUGAACAAUCGGUGUCCUUCAUUAAUUUUUAACUUAUAAAGAUUUUGACAGGUUAUUUAACCUCAAGUAUUUAAGUUUGUAGACAAUGUUACUCUUUCCGUAAGGAGAUGUUUAUAUUUGAAACAACCUAAAUCAAAUAAAAAGGUCUUCAUAACAAAUUUAUAAUACUGCACCAAUUGUUUCCUUUUAACAGAAAAUAAUUUAUAAUUUCGCAUCAGGCAGGUUUAUUGAUAAAGAUAAACGUUACUAUUAUCCAAUUUAAAUAUAUGUUACAAAACAGUGCAUUUUGUUAAAUUAACACAAUAUGACUUUGUAUGUAAAAAAUGCAGUGUAUGAUCUAUAUAGUUUAUAAAUGUAUUACAUGUAAUUAAUUAUCUUUCUACAAACGAUUCUGUAAUUAAUACUGUGAUUGAUUCACUGAAACCUUUGCUUGAAAUAAAGA